CCACACUGUAGUUUAUCUAUAGUCUGUAUUGGUAAAUCAUUGAGUUUAAAUCUCAUGUUUGUAUGAUUUUAUGGACCAUGAAGUUUCGCGCCCGUUUGACGGAUGGAUUAUCGAUCCGCAAAUUCUACCAACUCAUUCAAACCAUGGCCAAAUUGAGCAAGAACGCGUGCGUGUUUCGCUUAGCUCCCGACCAUUUCUACCUCAUGGCUGUGGGCGGCAUGGCCCCUGGGGGCGAUGUGUGGGUCCAGGGCAAACCCCGGGACCUGUUCCAGGAAUAUCAAAUGGAAGGUGUGACACCCACGGAAAACGAAAUCUACCUCCAAUUGGAACCCGAUGCUCUAGCCAAGAACCUGGUGGCCUUGAAGAAUACGCAUUCAGCGCAAAGCGUCAAACUCAAACUGACCAAGAAACGCGAUUCCCCGUGUUUAUCGUUUGACUUGGAGUUGGCCCCCGGGAAUGUGGCGGCUUCGGGGACGUGUCGACAGGUCACGCACGACUUCCCGGUGGUGCUCAUUCCGCGAUCUCAAUGGACCGAGUUCCAAGAGCCGGCCAUACCGCCUUUUCAGGUCUCUAUAUAUCUACCCGAACUGAAGUUAGUCAAGUCGUUGGUGGAUCGCUAUAAGAACAUGGGCAAACGCAUGACCAUGGAGGCGAACAAUCAAGGCAAACUUCGGUUUGUGCUUGAAUCCGAUACCCUCAAGGUCAUCACGCAUUUUGCCCAUUGUGCCCGACCCAAGUUCGACGAGUCUCUCAACCAAUCCCGGUUCCAAGCCCUCAAUGACGCAUCGCGCAGAGUUCCCCCGGAAAACGAAAACGCUAAUGAUGAGGACGAUAACGAUGACGACGACGACGACCAAGGGGAAGAUUUCGUGUCAGUUCGUGUAGAUCUCAAGAAACUAAGCCUGCUCCUCAAUGGCGAGCAAAUUGGACCACAUCGUGUGAUUUGCAACUUGGUGGAGGAACGAAUGCUCCACUUGUUCCUGAUCCACGACGACGUUUGUCUUCAAUACUUUGUGCCUGCUAUUCACGACUAGAUCAUAUUCGGCGAAUAAAACCCAUCUGUGAUAACUCUUUUUGUAGGAUCGACCAGCUUGUGACACGAUCUGAUUUUGUUCCUUUUCCAGCAA